CCUAAUGUUCUCCAAUUAUUGGAUCAUUUGUUGCUCGAUCGUUUUCUGAAUUCAUUGGCAGUUUUUAUGUUAGUUCAUUUUAUAAUUUAUAUACUCUUCACCAUCUCACUUUCAACUGUAGGGAAGCCAAGAAUACAUUUGAGGACAUUGUGGAUGCAUACCUGGCAUAUCUUCAAAUGACAGUGGUUAAUCCUGCCAUGGAUAAGGCAUUAUCAAGUAUACAGAAGUUUGCAAACGAUGCACAUAGCGGGAAAAUUCCAAAAGACAAAUUGUGUUUUGGAGCUCCUUGGAGAAAUCUUUCACAUCCUGGUGACCAAGUCGCAUGUCGUGAGUGGGCUAAAAUUCAACUAGUAGACUUUGUUCAUUCUCUAGUCAAUGCAGAAUUUGGGCUAAAUUACCUGCAAGAUUGCAGUCUUGAAAUAUUUGACGAUCCAUGUGCCGUUGCAUUAAUACAGGUUGGGUUGCUGUAUAUGCAACGGGACCCAUCCAUUCUUCGCCCAAUAUCUCGAGGCAUACAGAGGUGUCUGGUCAGAUGGUUUGUUCAGGAGCGAAUGGAAAUGAGCUUCGCGAACUCGUUGCGGUAUAAAUGGCAGCGAAUUGCGCGGGGCCGGAGCUAUCGCCAUCUACUGUAAGAAAUCUAGUGAAGGAAGAAAACUGAAAGGGAUAAUACUGGAAUUAUAAUUAUUAUUUUAUAGAAACAUAAUCUCUAGUGUAAAGAAAACCAUUCCAAUAAUGGUGUUUGAUUUUAGGUGAUUUUUUUAAACGUGAUUUGUUAGAAUACUACGUAAUUUUUUUUAGAAGAAAUUAUUCCGUACUGA